UUCACGCCAAUCAGAAUGCCCGUUGCCCAGGCAGCGGUUGACGUCAUGCCCCUGCUCCCGCAGCGUGAGAGCGCGCGGGAGACCCCGUGGCCGCGCCGCGCGCCUCAGUCGAUGAGUGGCAGCGGAUCCGUGCAGCCGGACACAGAGCGAGCAGUCUCUCAUUCACAGAACCAAGCAGCCAUGGACAAGAGCCAACAAGUGCAGAGGGCCAAACUGGCGGAGCAGGCCGAGCGCUACGAUGACAUGGCCGACUCCAUGAAGAAAGUGACUGAGCUGGGAGAGGAGCUGAGCGACGAGGAGAGAAACCUGCUCUCUGUGGCCUACAAGAAUGUAGUGGGCGCUCGCCGGUCCGCCUGGAGGGUGGUGUCCAGCAUCGAGCAGAAGACCGAGGGCAGUGACAAACAGCAGAUGGCCAAAGAGUACCGUGAGAAGAUCGAGUCCGAGCUGAAGGCCAUCUGCAAAGACGUUCUGCAUCUCCUGGACAAGUUUCUGAUCCGCAGCACCUCUCCAGCAGAGAGCCAGGUGUUCUACCUGAAGAUGAAGGGAGACUAUUACCGUUACCUGGCUGAGGUGGCCACAGGAGAGGAGAAAACCGACAUCAUCCAGAAGUCUCAGGAAGGGUACCAGGCCGCCUUUGACAUCAGCAAAGACAACAUGCAGCCCACUCAUCCCAUCCGCCUGGGCCUGGCCCUCAACUUCUCAGUCUUUUACUACGAGAUCCUGAACUCUCCAGAGAAGGCUUGUGAACUGGCCAAGAAGGCUUUUGAUGAUGCCAUUGCUGAGCUGGACCAGUUAACUGAAGACUCGUAUAAAGACAGCACACUCAUCAUGCAGCUACUCCGAGACAAUCUGACACUGUGGACCUCUGACAAUCAGGCCGACGGCGAGGACACAGAAGAGGGCCGGGAAAACUAAAGCCAACUCCACAAAGAACCUUUUGAGUCAGCACAGCGAGAGACAACGCUGACGCUUUUACAGUUCCAGCUUCAUACUCACCAGCCCGUCAUGUGUGUGUGUGUGUUUGGAUAUGAGAGUGUGGAGGAGAGACUGUGUGUGUGUGUGUGUGUGUGUGUGUGUGUUUGUUUGGGGGGCAGACAGGCAGACAGCAGUUGUUUGUCAUUUAAAAAUGUGUUCAUUGUGGAUUGGAGAAUGCAGAGUGUUUUGUUAGCUUGAUGUGUGCUCAUGGGAUGCCAGUCACCAUCAAGCCAACAUCAGAUUUGUUGUAGGUGCAUGUGAGAAAGAGAGAGAGAGUAUGAACCCUUUUCUGAGUUUGCUAGGGGAGCAUUUAGUGAUGGGUUUCAUUCAAUUCUUCAUUUUCCUAAAGAAUCAUUGGAAACAAACCAAAAGUCAGUAUGAAAGAAUACUUGUGUCAGAUUGGGCUUGUGCAAGACAUUCUACUUCAGUCGUCAAGUGUUUGAUUUCUCAUUGGUGAAUAAUGCGUCCAAUCUUUCUCAGUCGAGCGCAGACCUAAGAUCAAAAAGACUUGACACAUGGCUUAUACUGUAACUUUGAUAUAAAAGUCUUGUUACCGGAGCAGUAAGUAAUGCUUUUCAUGUGCUUCUCUGAUUAAUACUGUUUUCUAUUAGGAGUUGCGGUUUAGUUUUAUUUGUACUAAUACUUACUCGAUCUGUUUUUAGCUGUUUUGUUGACUCUUUUGAUACUUGCCUAAGCUGCAUGUGGCUGUAGUUAAUCAGGGUGACUGGAGUUGGCUGGUUGGGCUGCCUAGCAACUGUCUUAGAACUUUCAUACGGAACACUCAGCAUUAUUGUUAUUUGUUGUGGAGGGGGGGCGGGGCGGAGGGAUCUGGAUCUCAUGUUAGUGGAAUUAAAACAGAUAGAACACACA